CGCAUACACAUCCUCAGCGAAAGUAGUUGUUCAAUUUCAGUUUCCAAAUCCCAACGUCAAGGCCAUAGCACCCGGGAACAUAUAAAUAUUCCCAGCUCAUACCGACCAAUAUAACAACACCAACAGGUCAUUUGUUCUUCAACAGCAUUUUGUUAUUUUGUUCUUCAACAUUCUUUAGCAUUUGUUCUCCAACAUUGAGGACCAUGAAUACAGACUGGAUGCCCACCCUGUGGUCAGAGUGUUUUGAGGAGAUGUUGGAUGUGGAGCUGGGCAGCAGUGACCAGUGGGCUUUCCACUUCAACUACGGCCUGACAGAAACACUCACCAAGGAGGAGAGGAGGAGAAGAUGGCGGGUGUACAGCCACUGUGCCAACGGACAGUUCCAGUGUGGUGAGUGUUCUAAGACAUGGCCGUCGGCACGGGUGGUGGUAGUGUUCCGUUAUCGGCUGUGGGAUGAGACAGGCCGGGGGACCGUCCUGAUGCGGCCUUUCGGCCAGGCAUGCAGACGCUGCCGGGAAGAGUUUGAACUUCCAGGCUUUUCAAAGAAUGAGGUGGAAGAGGCACUGCUUCAGCUGUUUGUAAAGAUUAGGAAGAACUGCUACGGAGAGGAGGAGGAGGAGGAGGAAGGGUCAGAAGUAUCAGAGAAGGUGUGGAAGAGGCCCCAUGAGAAAGCCCUGUGUGAGGCCUGCAGACUGGGAAUCUGCUGUCAAGAACAGUAG